AUGACAGGAAGAAAUCAAACUGUCAUCUCAGAGUUCCUCCUGUUGGGACUGCCCAUUAGAUCAGAGCAGGAAGACCUGAUCUAUGCCCUGUUCCUGGCCAUGUAUCUUAUCACUGCCCUGGGGAACUUCCUCAUAAUUUUCCUGAUUCAACUGGAUUCUCACCUCCACACGCCCAUGUAUUUGUUCCUCAGCAAUUUGUCCUUGUCUGAUAUCUGCUUCUCUUCUGUCACCAUUCCCAAAUUGUUGCAGCACAUGCAGAGCCAGGUCCUAUCCAUCCCCUAUGCUGCCUGCCUGACCCAAAUGUACUUCUUCCUGUUUUUUGCAGACCUGGAGAGUUUCCUCCUCGUGGCCAUGGCCUAUGACCGCUAUGUGGCCAUCUGCUUCCCCCUGCACUACACCUCCAUCAUGAGCCCCAGGCUCUGUCUGUCCCUGGUGGGGCUGUGCUGGGUGCUGACCACGGUCCAUGCCAUGUUACACACCCUGCUCAUGGCCAGUGUGAAUUUUUGUGGAAAUAAUGUGAUCCCCCACUUUUUCUGUGAUAUGUCUGCUUUGCUGAAGCUGGCCUGCUCUGACACUCGAGUCAAUGAGCUGGUGAUAUUUAUCACGGGGGUCCUUGUUCUCGUCAUCCCGUUCCUACUCAUCAUCCUGUCCUAUGCACAAAUUGUGUCCUCCAUCCUCAAGGUCCCUUCUGCUCGGGGCAUCCACAAGGCCUUCUCCACCUGUGGCUCCCAUGUCUCUGUGAUUUCUCUGUUUUAUGGGACAGUUAUUGGUCUCUAUUUAUGCCCAUCUGCUGACAAUUCUACUAUUAAGGAGACUGUCAUGGCUGUGAUGUAUAUGGUGGUGACCCCCAUGCUGAACCCCUUCAUCUACAGCCUGAGGAACAGAGACAUGAAGGGAGCCCUGGGCAGAGUCUUUUUCAAAAAGAAAAUUCCCUUCUGUGUAUGA